CAAUGACACUUUUAACGCCGUUCAACUUCUUGCAAACUGUAGACAGUAGUAUUGCAUGCUGAUGUGUCGCUUUAAUUAGAUGAAAAGGAAAUUUUUAAACUGCGAAUAAAACAUAUUGUGAAUACGAAGAGAGUAGUGGGAACUUGUGCCAAACACGAUACAAAGCUGUUGUUCUAGAGGCUGUUUUUGAAUAUUUAUCUCACGGCGUGAAUUAUAUUUUAGAUAUGUUUGAGAGUACGCAACUGGGGAUUAAAGCCGAUUAUAUUUGCCGUGCAGGCCGACAGACUGUUUGUCACGGUAGUGAAGUCGACAGCGUAAUGUACGUUGGGUGAGUCAAACGUGAAAGUCCAGGAACAAAAACGAGCGAAGUCCAUAUGAUCGUCGCGAUGUACCGGUUUUGGCACAAAUACAGAGAUUAACAGACGACAAAAGCAGCAACAAUAGUGCCAAAUCAUUAUUUACUCUUUAUUAAAGUAUGAGAAGCAGAACGACAAUUAACUUUAAUUACACAUACAGAACCUGGAAGAGGACGCUGCUUAUGUUAUGAAAUGGUUUCAAUUAUAAAGAAUCAGCUUUUGAAGCAUUUGUCGAGAUUCACCAAAAAUUUGUCAGCUGAUAAGAUCAAUUUGAGCACAUUUAAAGGUGAAGGUGAACUGUCAAACCUCCAACUGGAUGAGGCUGUGCUCACUGAUUUGCUGGAGCUGCCAUCAUGGCUUCAGCUUACAAGUGCAACCUGCAACAAAGUUGCCUUCCGGAUUCAGUGGACGAAAUUAAAAAGUGUUCCUAUUUGUCUUACUCUGGAUGAAGUACGUGUUGAAGUUGAAACCUGUGAAGAACUAAGAUCAGUUUCUGUUCAUCAAGGGCUGUCGUCAAUAGCUGGGCCAGCAAAAUAUAGUUUCAUAAAUAAGGUUAUUGAUGGUAUGACUGUCAUUGUUAACACUGUGCGAAUUACAUUCAGGAGUCCAGCUUUCAAGGCGACUGUUCAAAUACUACGCAUUGUUGUCGAGUCAAAGUCACCAAACUGGCAGAAGUGUGAUUUACGGAUGACAAGGUUAAAGGAACCUGAUCGGGGGCAGAUCCUCAUUUUCAAGGAACUUGAGUGGCAGACAGUGAGAAUUGAGGCAAAUUCCACAAUGGAUAGCACUAUGACUCCACUAAGGCUGCUGACAAACCAUGCAUCAUGCCGUAUAAUAAUAAAGAAACGAUUAUCAGAUAGUCUUGUAUUGGGUUCGUGCCUUGCACUUAUAUUGGAUGAUUUAUUAUGGGUUUUGACUGAUUCACAGCUGAAAGCUGCCCUAUGUUUUGUGGGUUCCCUUGUGGGUUUGAUCCAAAAAGCCACUGAACUGACACGCAUACGCAAAGCGGCACGGAAAAUUGAGAUGCUACCUGAGUAUCAAGCACAAAUAUCACAACAGGAACAUAUCAAAGAUUCUGGAAGCACUUUGUCCCGUCUCUUUAACCGCUAUGACUUCAUUGAAACUUCCUAUCAUUUUCUGCUUAAGCACAUUGACUUACAUCUUUGUGAUGAUCCAGGUGAUGGACGAUCUGUGCAUCCAGAUCUUCAGGAUGGUGGUGCAUUACAGAUCAACCUCCAACAGCUGCAGUUGGAUUACUAUCCAUACCAUCUGGCUGUGGGAAAUCGAAAGCACUGGCCAGUCUAUUGGGAAGAAAUGUACCCUCAUACACAAUGGCUCUCACAGGCUCUGAGUACUUUUCGUGCACGGCUGUUGGACAUUGUAGACCAGGGAGCUGGUGUUGGCCAUCACGCACCUGUUGGCCGUGCUCAGCAACAGAACCCACACCAACAGCAGCAGCAGAAGAACUUAGGAGCUCAGCAUGGAGAUUCAUAUGUGAAACGCAGCCAUAAUGCACAGCCUUCAUCUGGAUCUGCCACCAGUGGAAAUCCGAUGAAGACGUACAUAUUGCGGGAGCUCUCAAAGCUCAUGACUUCGUGUUUUGUACUCAGGGUCAAAGACUUCACAUUGUACCAAGUGACAACCACAAAACGCAAACAGAAACCAAAAAUAUUUAUUGCAGGUGAGAGCAGUCGCUUGAAAGGAGAAUCCACACUGGUACAUGCUGAAUUCACAUAUUAUUACUAUCCUGGGGAUAAAGCGUUCCCUUUACCUCCACCAAAAUUCUAUGCACAGCUAAACCCAGUGCAGAUAAAUUUUGAUUUACAUAGUUGUGUAUGGGCGAAUGCAUUUGCGCUGAAUUUGUAUCAGUCAUUAUUGACUGCAGCUGCUGCUCAAGACAACGUGCCGGACCUUUUUUAUGUUGAUGUGAAACUAGAAGCUAUAAAAAUAAAGGUUCUUGUGGACACUGGAGGUGUCGAGUACCGUAAUCAGCGAGACCGGCCACGUCUUCUGCAGAUUCAGGUGGAACGUGCAUCAGUUACAAAUAUACGCAGUAUGGAACAUAGCUCACGAGCAGAUCUGGCUAAAUGUGUGGAUGUUCUCCAGUCUGCACCAUUGUUCUACGGUGCCAGUUUUCCUGCUAUCCCUUCUGACAAACAUGUUGUAACAGAAAAGUUCUUGAAGCAUUUGGCAGGAAUCGACUCUGUGCGACCAGUUCCUCAUGUAACGGGGGAUGUAUCUCAGUUGGAGCAUUCUUUGUCUCGUACACUGUUAUGGACAGAUGCACGUGAUGUUUGGUGUGUGUCUUUGGAACCUGUGAGUGCAAGCUUUUCGGGUGCCCCUGCAGACAUUGCUGCAGGAGUUGAUCCUGUACCGUUGACUGAUGCAUUCCCAUUAACACUGUGGGCCCAUUGGGAUGCAACUGACGCUGUGCUCAAUACACUUGCUCAUGUACCAGCACUGGUUAGUUUUCAACUUAAUCAUUAUCAAUAUUUGUUCCUUCUGAGAGCGAUGGAUAGAAUUAGUGAGACAGCAGCCGUAAUGAGUGUUGACUCACGUCGCAUUCAAGGAAAUGAUGGUCUCCCGCCAACAGUUAUUUUAGCAGGCGUGUUGCUGCCACAGGUUGAAAUAACAUUUGUUAUGGCAUCACAGACACCAGGACGAGAAUACCACGGCAGUGCCGAUCUUGAAUCUGUUGUCCCUGACUCUGCAAGUCUGGCAGAUGAAGGAGUGAGAAUACAUGCCAAUAGCCUAUCUUCAUCUCCUUCAUUUGAAGGUCCAUUUGACUCUCGACUUCGCCAUAGUGUUCCUCCUAAUGUGGCAUCUUACAUGGACACAGUGACUUCAUCUCUCCCAGUAAACUCUGUGCAACCUCUUACUGGUCUUUCAAUACCUGAUAACUUCAAUGCUAGCAUAAGCACUGUUAAAAAGGGUUGGAAAGGCCUGAGCAAUAUGGUUACAUCAUUAGAUUCAGUACUGAAAGCCAGUCCAGAUGAUUUGGCCAGUGAGACUGCUUCUCAACGUAGUGAUGCCUCUUCAGACAGUGAAAGGUAUCUUCUCGAAGGACAGCAGACAGAAGGAUUAGACACUAUGUUUCGUGCUGGAAGUAUUUGUGAACUGUGGCAGCCUGGCCUGGAACUUGCAAGUGAGGUGACAGAAGAUAUAGAAAGAAUUGCUCCUGAUGGCAGUGUCAGCUCACCUAGUGAUGGCCGUUCUCCUGAUGACAGUACUGGCAAGAGAAGGGAUCUGGUAUCCUUGGCUACAAUCAAGUGUGGCCAGGUAGCAGUGAUCCAGCAGUCGGAGGGAUUCCACUCAGUAUUAAAGUUGCAGAUAGCCAGGAUUGUGACAGAUGAAUGUGGAGCUAUUCCGCUUGAUGAGUUUCAGCCUGCCAAAAUCAAGAAUAAGUUCGGAUGUCGUUCAAGAGCUUGGGCAGAAGUACCAGCGAGUGAUGAGACAAUGCCGAAGGUAGCAGUGCGAUUCGAGCACACUGUUGAGCCAAGGAGAGACCUCCAUCCGCGCUCCUGGGGAAAGAACAAGCUACAAGGUGAAGUGCAUGACCUGGAAAUGGAACUGAACAUGAGUUCACUGAUUGGGCUUGCUGAUUUUAUUGAAGAUGAAAUUAUACCAGAAGCUGUUCCCAUGGAGUUUGGUGUGCAGAAUGUAAAAUUGCAAUUGAAUGAUGAUCGCCCGCCUUCUAGCAUAACUUCUCCCAGCCCUGUUCCAGUGAACUUAAAGAUAGUUGAUAUAUUGUUAAAAAAUGACAGCAACAGAGUUUUGACUGUGGAAUCAAGAAGUGAUAUUUCAGGAAUGAGCAAGAGUGUCAAUACUAACAUUGAAAAUGCUGUGUAUGAAAGUCAGAUCUGCAAGUUGAAACAAAGUAAUGAGGAACUGAAGGCUGAGAAUGUUGAGCUGAAACGUCGGAUGGGUGCAUUGGAAAAAAUUGCAGAAGAAAAUUGCUCAUUAAGACAAGCAGUGGAAGACUGUCAAAUUCUUCGAACUUGCUUGAUGACUGCUCAGGAUGAUGUAGCACGUUUGCUUGAAGAGAAACGCACACUCAUUGACAGGUUACGUGGAAUGCAGGAACAGCUUGAUCAGCCACCAAGAACCAAGAGAUAGCACAAGUGCUUUGAAUGCUGUGAAUAAAUGUGCCACUCGCAGCUUUUCAGUGAAGGCAGUAUCACUCGUAAUUUGUUAACAGUUUAGUUUCUUCUCCUUAAAAGAUUCAGCAGAUUAUAUUUUCCUGGAAAUUGACUGUUCCAUUGAUAAAAAAAAGUUAUUAAGUCCUAGUCAGUAUGUAUGCAGAGAAAUAGGUUGUGUUGUUUAUACAUGUGUGCAAGAUGGAGACAUGUUCAUGGAGAGUUAUACAGAUAUAUUUUUUUAACCAUCCGCAGGUGUUAUGUUCCACAGUUCCUUGUUACAUAUCUUUCCUUUUUCUUAAAUAACAUAUAGUACACACAUAUUGCAAUUUGUAAAACUAAUUUUACUUAAGUCCACUGUGCUUGAAUACAAUGAUAGAGUUGAUAUUUUGUGUACUUUUUUUAAAAGAAGAUAUGCAUUUAUUUUUAUUUUUGGUCAGUAAUAACUUAUCACAAUUUUAACAUAUUUCUGUUACAAUGGUGCCUUUAUGCUUGCCUUUACUUUCCUCCUUAUUGUCAUUACUGGUUUUUUGCCAUUAGUAGUGAUAUAGUAAGGAAUUGUGUUCAUUAGUAGGACUUAAGAAACAAUUAUGUAUUAAAAUAUUAACAAGCUGUGAAGUUUCCCAAAUGUGAUAUUAGUAGAAGCUGUGUGCUUCGUAAAGUUAUAAUUUGUUGAUUACAUUCAGUGUACAUAUCUAUUUUUGUCAAUUUCAUCAUUAAAAUUCAUUCAUUAUUGUUGUUCCAGCGUGUGCAGACAUGAUAAUAUUUUAGUAUGUAGGUUGUGGUAUUAAGGUGCUCAUUCUAAUGUGCUCUGCAUUAUCAUGUCCCAAACAGCACAUGACUUUGUGCCAACAGUGCAAUAUCCCACAAGUUGAACUGUUGAAGUUUCAUUCAGUUAGAAUGUAAACUGAAUGAAUUAGCUUUAUCAUGGUCCUCAUAUUUAUAAUCAUUGUGCUGUUUUUAGUAUCACUGUUAUGAAACAUUGCUAGACACACCUCCAUGACCUUAAAAAUCAUAAGUGAAAUGUACCUAAUUGUCUUGAAAGAGUAUGCAGCAUUUUAAACAAAAUGAAAGUAUGUUCAGGCAUGUUUUCUGACACUUUGUCUUCCUUCUGAUCUUUAUCCACCCUCCUUUUUUAUUUCCUUCAAUUUAUGUGAUAUUAUUGUUACCUAUAUUAUGUUGCUUACCUGUCUCACUCAUUAAAUUGUUUUGUAUUUUUGUUCAUCCUGUCCAAUUCUUUAACUACACCUCAGUAAUUUCAAUUUUCUCACUUCAUUUCUGCUUCAUUUUUAACAUUUAUUUUAUGCAAGACAGUAUUGGUACAUAUUUUUCAGUAAAUGUUUGAUUAUUAAAAGAUGUUUCUAGACCUGGUCUGGGUUUCAAUGCCAAAGAGUUGAAAAAGCAUUGUCGCGCUAUGUAAUGUUUUUGCCAAGUCUUCCACAUUCUUUCACUCUUCACUUAUAUAACAAAUGAGUCACUUCUUAUGUCCACAUUAUUACAAUAAAGAAUGUUUCCAAGAUAUUGAGAGAAAGAUUUGAAACAACUAGAAGAUUAGCCUGGAAAAAGGAUUUUAAGUCUCCACCAUAACAUAAUUCUCCGAAACAUAUCAAAGUGCAAAUUAUAUUUGAAGCUGCAGUUAGCAAAAUUCCUAAUUUAUUAUUGAUAAGCACACACUUGACAAAUGGCAAUUUGUAUCGUGUUAUGACUGUGUUAAAAAUCUACAGCUGUGGAAAGUCCACAGUCCUUUACUUUUGUAGCUGCAUUACAUCUAUACCCCACAAGCUUCCAUAUGGUGCAUGUAGCGUGUGGCGGAGGGUACUUCAGGCACCACUACCCUUCCCUCCUCUUUUUCUUCUCUGUUACAUGUGGGAAUCUUUCAUGGGAAGAAUAAUUGUCAGUAAGCCCAUAUGAGAUCAAAUUUUUCUGAUUUUACUGGCAGGAUCAUUUCGUGGUGUGUACAUGAGGAUAGAUCAUAACUCAUGAAAUAAGAGGCACUGAGCAGCAGGCAGUUUAUUAUCCUAUUCUAAAUGUGUGUCUUCUGGGUAACAUGUCUUCUAUUUGAUGAAUAGUACCCUAUACUUAUGCACAUAAUUAUAUUCCACAACAGAGUUUACAUGAUGUUUUUAAUGGGUACUAAACAUACAGGGACUGAUUCUGCUUCCAGUUUGUAGCAGUGAUGUAAAAUACUAGGAUAAUUUCACCAUUCCUGUGUCAGAGGUUCCUCCAGUAGUGCUUGAAGAUGCUAAAGAAAAUUGUAAAAAGUAGGAAAAUUGAGGAUAAGUCUCAGAAUUGAGAAUAAAAAACAGGGAGUCCACAAAGAAUUGUAAGUGACUUAUUAUCUUUAUUUUCUCCUGCACUUUCUUUUUUAUAUUCUGUUUUCAUUUAUUGCACCUUUUCUACCUUAUUUUACAAUGUUCUUAUAUUGGGCAAUUUUUAUAUCAGUAAAGUGCAGGUUGUGUCAAUUUUUUUUUCAUGUCUGCUCUAAACUCCAUUACAACUUGUAAUUUUGGUAAGCACAACUUCAUAUCAUCAGCAAUUUUGUCUGCUGACAAUGUGGUUCCAGCUUUUAAGUUUCGACGUUUCUUUCAUGAAGACAAACCACAUAAUAAUGCAUGAGAAAAAUCUGCACUCAAUAAUCACUGUGCAACAUUUUCCAUAACUGACCAUAAUAGUGAAACAUUAUUUACAAGCCAAAAUUUGUGUAGUGUACACAAAGUAUUUUGGUUAGUCACAAAUAAGGCAGAAGCUGUAUUUAUCUUUGAUAUUACAGAUCAGUUAGAAUAUGAGGAAAUAGUGUGGUACCCUUCUGUAACAAAAUUUUGAAUGGGAAACAGCAAUUCUAAAUAUUUUAUAUUUAUUGGUUGUCACAUAAUUGUGUAGACUUCAUUAAACAGACAUCUAAUUGCACAUCAUAAAUUGUAUUGCUAAAUGCAGAAUUACGUUUUCAUUAAGAGUUUUCAUAAUAUUCUUAAUUUAUGAGACUGCAUAGAAUUCUUUUGUUUCAAGUCUGUUAAUCCUUUGCCUGAAGUUUCCUCCUCCCAUUAUUUCUUGUUCAUUUUUUCUUGCCUGACAGAUAUUACUAUUUACCCAGUGUCAACACAUAAAGCAGUUGUAACAACAGUUUAAUGCACAGAAGAUAAAUUAAUAAAAAUACCAAUAUACAUGCCUGCUUUAUGAUUGAAGUUUGUAGCUUAU